AUGUUCUCCAAGUUCUUCAUCCUCCCCCUCCUGGCGGCCUCCUCCGUCCUGGCCGUUCCUGCCGAUGACACCUUCGGCUACGACCUCGUCCGCCGUGCGGACUUCCCUAUCCCCGCCUCCAAGGGCACUGUCAAGUACAGCUCUGCCAAGUCCAUCUCUGGCACCUUCGAUGGCGGCAUGAAGACCUACGGCCGUGGUGUUUCCUGCACUGGUCAGGCUGAGGGUGGCGACAAGGAUGCUGUCUUCAUCCUUGAGGACGGUGCCACCCUGAAGAACGCCAUCAUCGGUGCCGACCAGAUCGAGGGUGUCCACUGCAAGGGCGCCUGCACCAUCCAGAACGUCUGGUGGACCGCCGUCUGCGAGGAUGCUCUCUCCUUCAAGGGCAACGGCAACGGCAAGGUCAUCGGCGGCGGUGCUCGCGGCGCUGAUGACAAGGUCAUCCAGCACAACGGUAUCGGCUCCAUCUCCAUCGACGGCUUCACCGUCUCCGACUUCGGCAAGCUCUACCGCUCUUGCGGUAACUGCAAGAAGAUGGGCCAGCGCAACGUCACCAUCAAGAACGUCAAGGCCUACAACGGCAAGCUCCUCGCUGGUAUCAACUCCAACUACGGCGAUGUCGCCUCUAUCUCCGGCACCUGCGCUACCUCGGUCAAGAAGGUCUGCACUGAGUUCAAGGGCAACAACAGCGGCAAGGAGCCCACUGAGAUCAGCUCCGGCCCCAGCAACAACUGCAAGUACUCCUCUGUCAAGUCUUGCUAG